GCCCCCGGCGGGCGGUGCGGGGAGGGCCGGGGACGGGGCCGAAGGAGCGGGCUGGCAACGAUCAGAGGGGCGGGCGUGGGGCCGUGCCCCCAGGGAAGGCGGCGUGGGGAGGGGGGGAGGGCGCUGCUGCAGCCCCCAGCCUGCCGUACGGUACCGACGGGAAACCCCAAACCCAGAGCAUCCGCUGAGCUGGCCCGGGUCCGUGUGGCAGCUGAUGGGCAAAGGGAAAGAUGACAACUUCUGCUGAGAAGCUGCCCUUGGGUCCCAACACUGGGAAACAGCAAUCUUCUCGUCUGCCUGUCUGCGCAAACCCUGGCAAUCCUGUGUUCUCCUGCAUGCUGGACCCCAGCACGCUGCUGACCAGUAGCUCUUCGAGAAAGCCUCAGGUUUUACUGUUUAAAACAACUUCAAGUGAAUACGGUGCUAUACCGCCUACUUCACAGAUGUUGCCUUGUACUUACCAUCCAGCAGAUCAAACGUUUACAAAACACUUACUCACCUGUGGGUCAUCUCAAGAUGGUUAUUUGAAUACUGCCAUUGACAGAAGUCGGGUAUACGACUACCCCAAUUUGCAGCAUACUCUGUAAAAACGGCUCUCAAUUUUCUCCGACCUAGCCUAGACACCGAGCUUUAAGAAAAGAAAUCUGUCUGUUAGUGACAGUUAUUCCCAGAAUGACUGAAAUGUUUGAUAUGUCUUGGUUUUGCUGAGUUGAACAAGAUGCAUCAAAAAGGAUGUAGCACGUUUGCUGAUAUACUUCUCUGAAUCAGACCUAAACCUGUAAAAAUAAAGCUUUUGAAACUGGGAUCACAAAUGUGUUACUCAAGUGUGUAAAAACAGUUAAGUGCAAGAGUCAUUUCACUUGAAGGUUUAUGUUUUAAUUAAAAGUAUUUUCUGCUUUUAAAACUUAA